AUGAAUGUUGUUGAUGAUUUGUUUGAAGAAGUGGCGAUGAAUGUGAUUGAUGAUGUGAAGUUAGAUGUGGUUGAUGAUGUGAAGAUAGAUGUAUUUGAUGAUGUGAGGAUGGAUGUGGCUUUUGCUGUAGCUGUUGCUGAUGGUUAUUAUUUUGUUGUUGCUGUUGAUGAUGAAGUGGAGAAUGUGGAGAUGUUUGUUGUUGAUGGUGAUAAAGUUGUUGGUGUUGCUGCUGCUGCUGUUGUUGAUGAUGUUGAUGUUGAUGAUGUUGCUGCUGUUGUUGAUGAUGUUGCUGCUGUUGUUGAUGAUGGUGUUGUAGUUAUCGAUAUGGGAGUAGUAGCAGUAGAUGUAGGAAAAGCUCCGG